AUGGACUACACAGUCUCAGGGACUGAUUCCCUGGAAAGCAUCGCCGCCGCACAUGAUUGUACAGUCGGUGAAUUAAUGAAAUUGAAUCGGAUGAGCUCUCGCAUGGUCUUUCCGGGUCAGAGAAUACAGGUGCCGUUUUCGUCACAAGAUAACGUAUUUGAAAGUGAUGCUAUUGCUACCUCAACUCCUCGUCAUGGCAAUCAAAUAGCGGGCGGGGAAAGUGCUGCUGAUGGGAUUCGUAAAGGGCCAGGCGGUGCUGUUCCAGCACAACAUCAACGUGGCAGCAAUCUGAUGAAAACGCAAAGCGCACCUCUUCCUGGGCUUGAUGAAGCUGACUCAGACUGUCUUCAACGGUUUCUGAAAAUCAAGGUGAAGCAAGUUACUGAGUCGGACGGUACGGUGUCAGGGACGCUUCUUGUUACACCAAAUUGCCUCAUGUUUGACCCUGAUGUUAAUCAUCCCUUGGUCAAAGAAAAUGGGCAGGAUUUAUAUGGAAUGGUAGCGAACAUGGACGAAAUUGUCUCCGUUUCCGUCUAUAAGGAAAUCAGCGCGCUAACUGGAGAUAAGGAAGACAAAAAGAAGGACAUCUUCGAUCCGAAUCAUGUCCGAACUCCAGCUACAUCUGUUUCUCAUCAAGUGGGUCAUUCUUCAUUUGAAGCUGCUGCUGAUGUCGUAGCUGCUGUGCCAGGAAGAGUGGUAGACAUGGGGACAAGUCUAGUAUCAGACGGAAUCAACGGGGUGCAGGAGAUAUUCAAUGUGGAUGUUGAGUUUGGUUCUGAGAAGUAA